GAAGAAGAAGAAGAAGAAAAAGAAAAGGCUAACUAUAACUGAUUCUUAUAUAUAGAAGCUGGGACAAGGCUUCGUCUCCACAGAUAUAAUCAAGUAGUAGUUUAAUUGUGCACCAGUUUUCAUUAAAUUAAAAAUGGAAUGCAUUAUUACCUGCUGUCUCUCUUCUUCAUUUGUUCCUGCAAUUAACCACCAAAGAAUACUUAAUCCACCAAAUCAGCAAUUUGCAGCAAGAAGAUCUUCAACCAUCUCCAUCUUCAGUGACUUACAAUUGAAUCCACGGCGAUCUGCUCAUUACCAUCCUAGCAUCUGGGAAACCAAACUCAUCGAGUCCUUUGGCACUCCCUACACUUAUGAAUUGCAUGCUGGCCAACUGGAGGAGUUGAAGCAAAUCACAAGACUGUCGCUUAGAUCAACAAAAGACUCUUCCAUUCUCUUAAACCUUAUUGAUUCGAUGCAGCGUUUAGGUGUGGCUUACCACUUUGAAAAUGAGAUCGAAGAUGCCAUUUUUCGUGCUCGAAAUUUCGACGAAACUGGCAGUGACACUCUCUAUAUGACCGCGUUGAAAUUCCGAGUUCUAAGAGAACAUGGACUGCCAGUUUCCUGUGAUGUAUUUGACAAAUUUAAGGGGCAAGAAGGGAGGUUCAGGGACAGCUUAAGCAGGGAUGUGAAAGGUCUGUUGAGUUUGUACGAAGCCUCAUACCUCGGCAUCCAUGGAGAAGAUGUUUUAGAAGAAGCCAAGAGUUUUAGUAUCAAAAACCUCAAGUCAUUAUUAAUGGGGAUAAAAAUGGAUAGUGAUUUAGCCAAGCAAGUGGAACAGUCACUUGAAAUUCCCUUGCGAUGGAGGAUGCCAAGAGCUGAAGCUCGAAAUUUCAUUGAUGUUUACCAAACGGAAAAUGGCACAAACAAUAAUACAAGUUUGCUUGAGUUGGCUAAGUUGGAUUACAAUUUAGUGCAAUCUGCUUAUCAGCAAGAACUUAAGGAGCUAGCCAGGUGGUGGAAAGACCUGGGUUUCAAAGAGGCGCUAAGCUUUGCACGAGACAGAUUGAUGGAAAAUUAUUUGUGGGCCAUGGGAAUUGUUUAUGAGCCCCAGUUUUCAAAAUGUAGAAUGGGCCUCACCAAGUUUGUCUGCAUAUUGACCGCAAUUGAUGACGUCUAUGAUGUCUAUGGAUCGCUAGAUGAGCUUCAAAGUUUCACAAACGCAGUAUCUCGCUGGGACAUGGAGGCGAUGGCAGAGCUUCCACUGUAUAUGAAAAUAUGCUACGUUGCUAUGCUCAACUUUGCUAACGAAUUGGUUUAUGAUGUCCUUAAAAGCCAUGGCUUCGAUGUUCUGCCCUACAUUAAGCAAGAGUGGUUAAAUCUUUGUAGAUCAUAUCUUAAAGAAGCAAGGUGGUUCUACAGUGGAUUUAUACCAAGCGUGGAAGAGUACUUGGAAAACUCCAAGACCUCAGUGGGUGGUCCUGCAGCCAUGAUCCAUGCUUGCUUGUUGCUUGGUUCUCCUAUCACCAAAACUUCACUCCAAUUCCUCAACCAUGCCUCCAACCUCAUAUAUUCCUCAUCUCUCAUCACAAGGCUUUGGGAUGAUUUGGGCACUUCCAAGGCUGAGAGCAAAAGAGGUGAUGUUGCAAAAGCCAUCCAGUGCUACAUGGUAGAGAAACGUAUAUCAGAAGAAGAAGCAAAAGAAGAGAUCAAUGAAUUGAUAAGCUACUCAUGGAAAACACUGAACCAAGAGUGCUUGUCCAAUCAGUCGCUGCCAAAGACGUUUGUAAACUUGUCUCUGAACAUGGCUCGGACUUCUCAUUUCAUAUUUCAACAUGGAGAUGGAAUUGGAACUUCCACCGGCCUUACCAAAACUCGUUUAGUCUCCUUAAUUGUCAAACCCAUCUCUAUCCCUCAAAACGGGAUUUGACACCCACAGACCGUAAUAUUAGACUACUACUAAUUUAAGUUAAUUUCGAGUACAGUUUUUGAAAUAUGUUCUAAUUUAAAAUUAAGCCCUUAAUUUUCAA